AUGGCUGAGCGCCUCAGUCCUCGAAGCUCCGAGGUCAAUGCCUUGGAACAACGAGGAUAUCUCAUUGGCAAGAAAGUCGGACAAGGAUCUUACGCCACUGUACACCUGGCUGAAUAUUGUGAUGCAUCCAGCCCCAAGCGGAUGCACCUCGCGUGCAAAAUAUUUGACAAAGAGAAAGCGCCGCGUGAUUUUUUAGAAAAGUUUUUCCCUCGAGAACUUGACAUACUUACUAAGAUCGAGAAUCCACACAUUAUUCAAGUACACAGCAUCCUACAGAGAGGCCCGAGAGUAUUCAUAUUCAUGAGAUAUGCCGAUAACGGUGAUUUAUUAGAUUUCAUAAAGCGCAAUGGCGUAGUACCAGAAAAUCAAGCAAAGCUUUGGUUUAGGCAGAUGGCUAGCGGACUGCACUAUUUACACAGCAAAAAUAUUGCCCAUCGUGAUCUUAAAUGUGAAAACAUAUUGCUUUCCAGGCGAUUCAAUGUAAAGUUGGCAGAUUUUGGUUUUGCUCGGUUCUGUACUGACGGUGAAAACAGGCGUGUUCUUAGUCAAACGUAUUGUGGAUCAGCAGCGUACGCGGCUCCAGAAGUAGUUAGUGGUACACCGUACAACCCGAAACUAGCAGAUGUAUGGUCUCUUGGCAUCAUUCUUUUUAUUAUGUUAAAUGCUUCAAUGCCUUUUGAUGAUUCGAAUUUACGUAAACUGCUAAAAGAUCAGAUGUCACGUAAUUGGGUGUUCCGUUUGAGAAUUCGGGACACAGUAUCAGCUGCGGCAAAAUCAAUUGUACGUCAUAUUUUAGAGCCCGACAUUACUUUACGACUGACUUUGGAUCGUGUGCUAGCACAUGAAUGGACAAGACCGAGAAAGGAUAAAAGUGCAAGUCUAAUGGGUCGAUUAGUACAGUCCGCACCAUCAGCCCCAUAUCCUGGAGGUAAGCGUGAGCACGAUGAAGCAGGUCCGUCUGCAGGUGUACGAGUGUCUGGAGAUCAUCGCGAUACAGAUCGAGAGCGACACGAUGACAUUAACAUGCGUUCCCGUGAUUAA